CCUCCCCCAAGUCGUGUUAUUGUAAUUCCGUUAGCUGUCGUCUCCCAGCUCGUUCUCAGUCUCAACUUUCUUUGGCUCCCCUCCGUCAGGUAUCAGAUGGCAUGGAGACAAAUGUUAUUCCACACCAGUACAAGUUCAAUAUUGGUACCAUUUUCGACGGCCGGGUUCGCCAGGUUCUCCACUAAAUCAAACCCUUACCUAGUGAAAGUUGGGAUACCAGAGUUUUUGAAUGGGAUUGGCAAUGGCGUGGAGUCACAUGUCGCCAAGCUUGAAUCUGAGAUUGGUGACUUCCAAAAGCUGCUUGUCACUCGUACUCUCAGGCUGAAGAAAUUUGGCGUUCCUUGCAAGCACAGGAAGCUGAUCUUGAAAUACACUCACAAGUAUCAGCUAGGACUCUGGAGGCCUCGAGCACAGCCCGUCAAAGCCUAGCUAGUUUAGGAGUGGCAUGUCCUUUACACAGAUUUUUGUCUGCUGCAAAUUGUGGCUGUCGCAUACUUAAUGUAUUUGAGCGUUGAAAGAAGAGUUUUGCUUGAUUUAUGUUCAAGUCGUUCGUAUCCUUUAUUUAAAUUUCGUAAUAAUGUUCAUUA